GUGAUGAGGCUGUUGUGGAAGUUCUUGGAUAAAAUGAGGUGUUUUCGGAAGCGCUUGACUAUCCCUUUUUUGGGGAUCCUUAUUACAUGUCUCCUUUUUGUAAACCUGUAUAUGGAGGAUGGGUAUGUUUUGGAAGAGGAUAAGAGGCAGCUGCGGGAAACACCAAUACAUCAGCUUAACUCAGAAAAAUAUGUCCACACAUUUAAAGAUUUGUGCAACUUCUCAGGUGCAAUAAAUGUUACCUAUCGCUAUCUUGCUGGUUCACCUUUACCUAGAAAAAGAUACCUAACAAUAGGGUUGUCAUCUGUCAAAAGGAAAAGAGGAAAUUAUCUACUAGAAACAAUCAAAUCUAUCUUUGAUCAGUCCAGCUAUGAGGAACUGAAGGAGAUUGUUGUGGUUGUUCAUCUUGCAGAGUUUGAUCUGGCUUGGUGUGAAAGCUUAGUCCAGGAUAUCACCAGAAAGUUUGCCCACCACGUUAUAGCCGGGAGGCUACUGGUUAUCCAUGCUCCAGAGGAGUACUAUCCAGUUUUAGAUGGGCUUAAGAGAAACUACAAUGACCCAGAGGAUCGUGUCAGGUUUAGAUCAAAACAAAAUGUAGACUAUGCUUUCCUUUUAAACUUUUGCAGCAAUCUCUCGGAUUACUACAUGAUGCUUGAGGAUGACAUCCGUUGCUCAAAAAACUUUUUAACUGCCAUGAAAAAAGUUGUUACCUCAAGAGAAGGAUCAUACUGGGUGACCCUAGAGUUUUCUAAGCUGGGAUACAUUGGAAAACUUUAUCACUCCAAUGAUCUUCCUCGACUGGCCCGCUUCCUGUUGAUGUUCUACCAAGAGAUGCCUUGCGACUGGCUUCUCAUCCAUUUCCGGGGACUUCUCGCACAGAAGGAUGUCAUUCGUUUCAAGCCAUCUCUGUUUCAACAUAUGGGGUACUAUUCCUCUUACAAAGGAGCUGAAAAUAAAUUAAAGGAUGAUGAUUUUGAAGAAGACUCCUUUGAUAUUCCUGAUAACCCACCUGCCAGUCUGUAUACAAAUAUCAAUGUUUUUGAAAACUAUGAUGCCACCAAAGCUUAUAGUAGUGUGGACGAGUACUUCUGGGGCAAAUCACUUUCCACUGGAGACUUCUUCAUAAUUGUGUUUGAUAAAUCAGCAAAAAUCACCAAGAUAAAAAUUAUCACCGGAACGGAUGAACGGCAAAAUGAUAUUUUGCAUCAUGGAGUGUUAGAAGUUGGAGAGAAAGUGAUUGGGACCAAAAAAGGCAAGAAAUGUUCCACUUACAUAACCUUAGGAGAAUUUAAGAAUGGGCAAGUUGAAGCCCAGGAAAUACAACAUAAAAUUACAUUUGACAUUGAAUGUGUAAGAAUUGUUGUCACAGCCAGUCAAAAAGAGUGGUUGAUAAUAAAAAGUAUAAGCCUCUGGACUACACAGCCGCCAAAUCAAUAA